AACUCAUCAAACAUGUCUGGUCGUGGCAAAGGAGGCAAGGGUCUUGGAAAGGGAGGCGCCAAGCGUCAUCGUAAAGUUCUUCGCGAUAAUAUUCAAGGUAUCACCAAGCCAGCUAUCCGACGUCUUGCACGUCGUGGUGGUGUCAAACGUAUCUCCGGUCUCAUCUACGAAGAAACUCGGGGUGUAUUGAAGGUGUUCUUAGAGAAUGUCAUCCGUGACGCCGUCACCUACACAGAGCACGCCAAAAGAAAGACCGUCACCGCCAUGGAUGUCGUCUACGCACUAAAACGCCAGGGUCGUACAUUGUACGGUUUUGGUGGAUAAACGUAGAAUAUAAACCCAAACCAAACGGCCCUUUUCAGGGCCACCACAUCCUCCAAAAAGAGAACUACCGUAUUAUAGUAUGUAUGUAUGUGUCUGUGAACGUAUAUACGUAUAUUUAAUGUUCAUUUGCCAGUCAGUAUAAGUAAAUUUACCCGUUUUCCAUUUCAAACA